GCAAGUGAGGGAGCAACUGCCAUAACUCCCAAAUUCCAAAUGUCAUCCCUGCGAUGCUGUCCUACUUUUUCUUCCUUCUCUCAUCUGAGCUCACCAUCACCGUCGCGCAAAUCCUCAAUCUCCCCGAGAAUUGGGAUUCCUCUUAUCACUACUUUCGGAUCCGGGUACGCGAAACCGCAUUCAAUCCCAGGAAACGGGACAAGAAAAGGGCACCAUUUCAAUGCAAUCAAAUCUUCCGACCAAGAAAGGGAAUCCCAAUUCCAGGCUCAAAACGUUGAGCUCUCUUCCAAUGGUGGGCCUCGCAACAGCACUAGCAGCCCUUCAACCAGUCUCUUGUCUUUCCUCUGCCCUUUGCUUAAAUUCUUUUCUGGAGGAGAUCCUUCACGUGACAGAAACUAUCUGUUUGAGGAAGCAACAUCUUCAUUAUCUACCUUGACAAGAAUUGCGUGGGGCUCAAGAGCACAACCUGGAAGUUUAAACAGUGGAGAUAAUAGUAAUGCAGUUGAUCCUCCAAUGCGUUUGCAACUGUAUGAAUUUGAGGCAUGCCCCUUUUGCAGAAGGGUUCGAGAAGCUAUGACUGAACUUGAUCUAUCUGUAGAAGUUUACCCAUGUCCAAAGGGAUCCACUAAACACAGAGAAAUUGUCAGAAAAUUUGGUGGAAAAGAGCAGUUUCCUUUCCUCAUUGACCCGAAUACUGGAACUUCAAUCUAUGAAAGCGGGGAUAUUGUUAAAUACUUAUUUCAGACAUAUGGUGGAGGAAGGAGUCCCUCGAGUGGCCUUUUGGAAAGCACCUUAUUUACAGGAUGGAUGCCAACACUUCUUCGGGCAGGAAGGGGAAUGACAUUAUGGGAAAAAUCUCGAGAUGAACCACCACCUAAGAAACUGGAACUUUUCUCGUAUGAGAACAAUCCCUAUGCACGGAUAGUGCGCGAAGCACUUUGUGAGCUGGAGCUUCCGUACAUCCUACAAAACGUCGGCAAUGGAUCAAGACGGGAAAAUUUGCUUCUCGAGAAAUCUGGAAAAGCCGAGGUGCCUUACCUUAUAGAUCCAAAUACUAACAAAAGGAUUGGUGAUUACAAGGAGAUCAUCUCUUACCUGUUUCAGACAUAUUCAUUGGAAGCUUCAUAGUUGUCAAGUUGCAUGUCCACUGUGGAUGACUGGAGGCUUUGAAGCUCUCUAAUGUAUAGGAAAUUUGUCAUCUUUGUAAAAAUAAGCGUGCCAUAACAAUAACUUCUCUAAGGUGUCUUUUGGUUCAAAGUUUCCUAUAUUUUACUUUGACUAAUCUUUUUGACUUUUCUUAUAAAAUUAAAUAAUUUUCCAUGA